GGUGAAGUUCUACCUUUACAAUCGAAGCACUGAUACAUCUCUGCCAUCUUGGUUAUUGGUUCGCUAUUGUGAACGAUCCAUGUGCCAAAAUUCAAAUAGGAACAACGUAGCGCCAUAUUUCUAAAAACGAAAGACCGAUGAGAACAUCUACCCCAACAAAUAAAGGAAAAACUGUGACUGAAGGAUAAACACCACGUUUUACAAACCUGGCACUUGAGGUUAUACACCUUGCCAUUUAGGGGACCAAUCGAUUAGGUUCCUAUAGCCAAAAAAAAAAAAUAAAAACGAAAGUGCAUAAAUUUGUAAAAAAAUUUAGUAAAUUAUUUAUUUGCUAGGCAAUGCCGUUAGAGAAGGAUAUAGAAAUAUUUCAGGUGUGGGCAGCUAAGUUGGGCUGCCCACCAGAUGCAAUACCUACAGAAGAAGCACUAAAAUCUAUUUAUAAGUCACGCCAGCGUGAUAUGUUUUGCAAUUUAAUAAAACGGGUGCGAUCGCGACAGGAUGUACAGGUGGUGCGCGAGAAUAUAUUAAUCAAGCAACUGGACAAGCUGAAAGAUCAGGUGGUACCGAAUUCCGCUCGAAGCUUUUUACCUAAAGAAAUGCAAACUUUUCUUAAAAUGAAUGAAUUAAUGAAGCAAAAGGAAGACAUAACAAUGCGUUUGGAUGAAUACAGGAAGGAAUACGAGACACUGGCUGUCAAUAUUAAAACAAAAAACAUCCAACACAUUAACCUUCACCAUAAGCAAAAAACUCUGAAGUCACGGGUUAGUUUAUUAGAAUUUAAAUCCCUAGCAUUGGAUAAACAAAUAAAACAGGAAGAAAAAAACAAGGAACGUAUUACAGCCACUAUGCCAGUGCGGUUGACAGCAAAAAACGCAAGUGAAACUAUAGCUUUAGAUGGGGUUAAACAGGCUUUACGGGAUCUGGAUGAUUUUUACACCUUCUAUCUAAAUCAGGCGAGCAGUCCAAAUACCGUUCAGGAGGCAAAGGAUGCUUUAUGGGUUAAAAUGCGAAAAACCUUUUCGAAUAUUCCAAAUUUCAUUUUUUUUAACAUUAUAAUGCGUUUGAAAGAUGAACAGCUGCAAUACUUAAUGUCUUUAAUGAAUAAAUCAAACAAUGAGGAAUCCAUAACUCAUUCCAUAAGUGGAGUAGGCUCAAAAGAGCCUUUAUCAUCAUUCGAAAUUAAACUGAUGCAAACGAAAGCGGAUCUCCUAGGCAUGGUCGUGAAGUUUUUGUCUGCCCGAAAGGAACUUAUCACGCUGGAAGAACGAUUCACCGAUGCUUAUGACCCCUUUGUGGACGAAUUGCAAAAGAAAGUGAAUUUAUUUAAUGCCAAUGCUGAUGAUAAUGUCAACGAAAUCAUAUCUGACUAUUUGGUCCAGUACAAUUUGCGAAAUUUUUCAAAAAGUCAAAAUGAUUUUAUUGCUCAACAAAUUGAACAGUGCAAAGCAGACAUAGAUUAUGGAGCAAAACAAUUAGAGAAUCAUGAGGUCAUUUUGGGAUCCAUAAAACAAGUUUAUAGUGAGAUUAAUACGUCCAUUAAUCAUAUUCAAUAUGAAAUGCAGCUAUUAGGGCAAAUCAAAGAGAAGAUUCUUUAUUCAAAAAAUAUGUUGAAACGUUUAUUGGAUGAUAUGCAAAUAUCCUCUGCCGUCGGUAGCGUUGCUCCCAAUGUCAACAGCGGCAUUAAAGCAAACUUCCUACCUACGAAACUAAAAGCUAACAAUAAUAUGUCCACCAUGGGUGAUAGCUUUGAAAUGGGUGGUGGAGACAUGGUAUUUUGCAGCACGAAGUUGGACUUUGACUCCACCAUUUUGUCACUUAACUCAACCACUUCAAAUAUCACAGGCACAUCAAGACGUAGUGUGGGAAGUGCGGAUAUCACACUUAUGCCUGCGGCUACCAGCAGUAACUACACCGAGGGUCGUUUCAAUUUGCCACCAUACUCCAGCGAGCUUUGUACAUUUGUCGAAAUCCCAUUUGAGAAGUUUAGUUGCGUAACGAAAGAAUGUGCUUACCAUUUGUCACCCAAUCCGUUGAUCGUGGAUUCACGUGAGCUCUCCUCUACAAUCCAAUUGGCGCCAGGCAGUUUGCUGACCGCUUCAGGGGCUUUGCAGGAAGUGCGUAAUCGUAUCAAGUGGGCGGAUUUAAUUGCCCAGCAUUCGCUUGAUUUGAAAUUGGAUUUUGAUUUGAUUAUGGUCGACGCACAAAGCUGUAGACAAAAGAUCAAACAACACCGUGAACAAAUCGAAGAAAUGUUGGAUAAAAUCGAUGUAACCAGCAUAAACACUAAUCGAACUCUACAAAAAUUAUUAAAACUUUACGAUUUUAUACUUUCGAAUCCUUUGCGUCGAUAUAUUCCACCACAACGAAAUUUCAAUAAUCAAUCAUAUGCAGACUACGAAGCCGAAUUUUCUAUGUACUAUCGCAUGGCAACUGUCGGUGCCUCCAUCAAAUGAAGGAGUUUGCUGCAAAAUGUAAUUUGUAUUUUAUUAAAUUAAUGUUCGUGUUUAUGUUUGAAGUAAAUAAAACUGUG